AUGUUUCAGACAUUGAUGGGUCAUGAACGUGAUAAAUCAACAGGAUCAAACGUUGAAUUGGACAUCAAUGAUUUAUUUUUUAUAAAUGAUACCAUUUCAUUUUCAUAUCAACCUGUCACAGUUGCUUGGAUGUUCAAGAGUGAAAAUGAUAAGGAGAAACUUUCAUAUUAUUUAGAAAAUGAUAUCAAACGUCUAGAAGCAGAAUUAGAUCCUUGGAUUAAAUUAAGUUUUGAACCUUUUGUUAUGGAACAUCUUAUGCGUGCUGAAGCUUUUUUAACUUGUUGUCAUCAAAUGGAUAUAAUAGAUGGAGAUAAACUUAAAACAUAUGUCAAUAAUUAUGGUGCAUUAAAAGAGCAAGAGAAAAUCAUUCAAGAAUGUGCAAAUGAAUUGUCAGGAAAUGAUUUACAUGAUUGCAAGUUAGAUAUGAACAAAUUAAAUGAAUCUCGUCAAAGUACUAUCGAAUUUGCUGAAGUAAAUGUCGAUAAAUCUGUAUUAACAUUGAUCGAUACUGCAAUUCAAAGACAAGUUUAUAUAGAUAAUAUUGUUUAUAAUUAUCAAUUAAAUAUACCCGACGAAUGUCAUCCAGCACUUCGUCUACUUUGGAAACCACAUAGAUUACUUCAAUGUGAAAUAUCUUAUCGUACAAAUUUGGCUACAAAAUUAUCAAGUUUUAAAGAUUAUAAAAAAUUUAGUGAUGAAAUAAGUAAACCAUUUCGACAGAUGAUGUCUAAUAUAUAUAUUAAUUUGAAGGUAAAACAACACUAAAUUUUUGUUUUUUAGUAAAUAUCAAAUCAUAGAUAAAAAUUCGAAUAAAGCACAUUUCAAUCAUUGUUCUUCAAUAGAAAUAAUGAAAUGUUUUGUGUAAAGAUACUUUUCCGUUCGAAUGCUACAAAGAUUUUUCUGAGACAAGAUUAACUCAUUAUGUUAAGUCAAAUGAUGAUUGUAGGAAAAUCGACACAAUAGGAUUUUAAUGAUCUGUUCGUGUAGAAACAGAAAAAAAAAUGCUACGAAAACAUCUUUGAAGUCAAGAACGUAUUGUUCGGAUAGGCAAAAAUGGUAUUUUUGUUUAGUCAGUAUUCAACGAUUUCUGUCGUAAU